GGUAGGUACUUAAUCAGGUACGUAACAUAAUCUUCUCACGUCUUAUCCUGACGCUAUGAUCUGAACUUUUACCUAGAUAUUUCAGGAGUACCUUUAGGAGUAACUUGCUGAGGUCAUUGCGCUCUGAGGUUACCUAUAUAUAGGUCGCUUCAAAAACCACUCCAACCGACCUUACCGCCCAAGGUCUACUCUUCAACGCACUUCAAACUCGCGGUGCAUAUUAUUCGUAUUAUUUUCUAACUAUCAGAGCACGAUGGCUUCGAAGCGCCUCUCCACUAGACAGAUGCCUACUCGCCAAUUACAUCUCGGCUCUUCUAUUGCAGGAGUUCUCAAGAUCGUGGAUUUACCCUGGGCUCGUGAUAGCGAGAACACACGCUACAAAUCCCCUUUCGAUAUACUUCCGGAUGAAUUACUCCUCGCUAUUGUAGAGUUUGCGACUAGCCGUAAUAGAGACGUCUAUAGCGACUGUUGCUCCGAUCGUCCAGAUUACCGAACUACCGUGGCGUUAACGAAGGUUUGCCGUCGUUUAAACCGUUUAGCGACGCCACUCCUUUACAGUUACAUGUAUCAUAACUUGUCUUCUACCGACGACUACGAGUCUUUACGUCGUAUCUGGUUACCUCAUCGACAAGACUGCAGACACCUAAAUAUCGAUAUCAAGGAUCCGAGCAUUCUGACCAAGGCGGACUGGCUUGCUGUAAAUGACUUCUUCACGGGCUACAGCCAAGUAAGAUGCCUGAUAAUCGCCGGAGGAUUUGAGACGUCCAUUAGUGAGACAUGGCAGCUGAUUUCUGACAUUUUGACGCAUAUGCCAGCUUUAAAGCAUCUCACAAUCAAAAAAGAUUAUUGGAGCCCUCCGUUCCCUAGCUCUCUGUUAUCGUCUCUGAUGGAACACGUUACCGUCUCGAGACUUCAGGCCUUGACACUUUGGAGAACAGGAAAUGCUGGACCAAUAAAGAGCAUUGAAAAACGUGAUAGGAUGGCUGCUUUGAGAGAUCUUAAGAUGCAUGGUUUCAAGCAGGAUGGCGGAGUCAUGGAACGUUUGAUCCGAUGGCCUAAACAGCUUCGGUCUUUCUCUCUUUGGCACAGCUUCGAUGACGACGAGCGCGACUAUAUGGAUCUAACCAUGCUCGGCUCGUGGCUUUCAGCUCACGCAGAGACACUCGAGAAAAUAGAUAUCGGUCCUUUAUCGCCCUCGGGUAAGGGUAAUAUCUUUGACUUGUCCCAAUAUCGGGCAUUGAAGAGGCUUGGGCUUUCCAGAUAUUUAUUCUCGGAUGAUCUAGAAUCUUCCGAAAGCGACGCGAAUCUGAUACUCUCACCGGGGCUUGAAGAAUUCUAUUGGCAUUUCAGUAUUUCCAAUGGCUUUUUUAGGGAACCCCAGAGUGUAUUCGGAGAAAGAGAAGAGAAAUGGCUACAAAAGCUUGUGGAUAUAGCAGUGUCAAAGUCAUCACCACUCAAAACGAUCUGCGUUCUCUUUAAGCCCAACCAGGGUUAUAGCACGGAUACGUGGUCUUGGGAUCAUUUAGUCAGAUUGAAAGAAUAUUGCCGUCAGGUCGGCAUUACUCUCCAUUAUAGCAGACCACCAUUUGACAGGGAUGAGUGGAUGAAGGCAUUCUCCGCGAAACCCCGCGCAAACGACGGAAGACAUUAGGGAAUACUUCACGCGGCUCAACCUCGACCAUCCAUAAUACUCUGUGGCGCUAUAAUUCUGGCCUCUUUCAGGCAGUGUCAAUUACCUACACAUGCUGAUGCCUGACAUAGCAAUGGGAGAUGGAUAAUUCUUCAGUUUACGG